AAUCCUAAAGUAUAAAUAUCGUCGACAGGAAAUGAAGUCAUAUGGUUUAACCCGGUGCAGGCGACAAGUCGAAAAUUGGGUGAUAAGACGGAACAAGACUAGAAAAUGUCAUUAGUAAUAGUAAUAAGAAGAGUGGUGAUGUUGACGAUUAUCAUGAUGAUGGCGGUGACGGUGAUGACGAUGACAACGAGAUGGCCUUGUCGUACAGCUGUGUUUAGUUCUCCAAAUCUAGGUUUCGGUAGAUCAAUUGUGGCGAUAGCACUAGAAUCUGUGAGGAUAAUCUAUUCACGGAGUCUGUGAACCUACGCCCUCCCGACUUCACGCGCUCGCAGAAGCAAGCUUGUCGUCUCAGCCUCCCUUGACGUGAGAGCGUGCAAUCGCGUGCAAGGCUGCCUCACAACAUGCUGGGCCAGCUGCCGCCACCGCACUGGUUAUGCAAAGGCGCGACGUCCACGCGAAGACCCUGCACGGAGACUUACACGCGAUGCCACGACUAGGUCGAGAAAGCUAGGCUUCCUACAUUCUCUACUCCACCCUCGUUUUUCUUUUCUCUCUCUCUCUCACCUCGCAGUGCCUCAGCUGUCCAAUUGGCGCGAUUCGUAGUCAAAUGAGAAACAUUGCUUAAACGUACCUCUCUUGUAACCGCACGCGCGCGGUACUCACGCGAUACUCGCGUCUGUCGCAGCAGCGGCCGUGGUCGAAGCAGUUGUCGCGUGUCCCGCGGGCGCGUGACGACUACUUCGGUGACGAGCCUUCUCCGUUCAGCAAAAAAAAGAAAAGAAAAAUGGCUGCGGGGUCACGUGAUGUCAACCGCGCGUCCGUUCCGCCCUAGCGAUGGCGUGACGCGUCAACGGAGGAAGGAUGCAAACGCUCCACCUUUAUGGCCCCUCGCUCACCCCGCGACCGCUCGCUUACAGCGGGUCGAUGAUAAUCGCCGACUAUGAGGCGGAAACCUCCUAUCAUCAUCUACUCUCCUCUGGGGCCUUUAAAGGCGCCCAUCACGCCCCUCGGAGACCGCAGUCACUCACUCGGACCCUGUUCAACUGUGCGCGGCUCCUUUCCAGACAACCUCACAACCUCGCAGAAAAUGAAGACUACCCUAAUUAUCCUCGCCGUUGUAACCUUGUCGCUGGUCAUCUCUGCCGUGGAGUGCGGUGGCGAGGAACAUAGGAAAAAAAGCGAGAAACUUAUGAAAUGCCUUGAAGGAAGCGACGCAGAUGCUAAGAAAGGACGCAUAAUGAAGGCCCUCAACAGCUGCGAGGAAGAAGGUAAAUCGAAGGAGGAGAUGAAGCCAUGCUUCAUAGAGAAACUCGGAUUAUCGGAGGACGAAAAGAAAUGCCUCACUGGUGAAAAUGCUUAGAAUACCAGACACUACAAAACCCCAGUCCAUGUGUACCGGAGCUGAAACAACGUAAACAUGCUUCAAUAAAACAGCCAAUUGGUGA